CAAAACGACAUGCAAACUCUCAAAAUUUGAAUCUGAAAAGGCUGCAACAAUGAUUUAUACAGACCUUAACAACAAAGCUCAAGAAUAUCAAGAAACGAUUGGAAUAUUUACUAGUCAUUUAGAAGACGAAUGUGCAAACAGCAGUCUACAUGGUGUUACUAUUCAUGAGCUAAAGGUUUUAGCCUAUAGGCAUGAAAACGUUUCUGGAUUUGGUUAUACUGAUGGCACUGUUCGUGUUUAUAUAAAAGGCUCUACAGAAGAAGAUAAAACGGAAGUGCUCACAUUCUUUGAAAAAUAUGUCAAUACCACGGAAUAUAACUUAAAAAUUGAAUUUCGUAAGAAACGUGAAAUUACAUAUUUUGCCAAGCUUGAAAAUGGAAGUAGAAUUAACAAACUCAAAACAGCAGGAACAGGUCCAAAGGGAUACGGAACGUUGGGUAUGUUUCUUGAAGACAACAAGGGAAUGUACUUUUUCACAACUUGUGCUCAUGUAAUUGAGGAACAUGAAGAUGCAUAUUUUCCAGAUGAUAACACUAAAAUCGGAGAAAACGUCUUCAUUUGCCAUCCAAAUGCAAACAAUGGUAUUAAACAUGCUAAAAAAAUGGACUUGUCGCUUAUACGUGUGUGCCCUGACUUUGAUAUAGAAUGCAAACUAGGGUUGAAAAGCGUUCAUGGAAAUUUCUUAAAAGGCGCAAUUUUCAAAGGUGACAUUUUUGAAAUAUUUGGACGCAGACUGUAUAAAUGGGGCGCCACCGAACCGUAUCUACAAACAGGAAAAUGCACAGGUAUAGAAGAAGACGAAUUCAUUCACAUACAAAUAAAUACAGACAAUUUUGCGAAGCCCGGAGAUAGUAGUGCUAUAAUUUGCGCAGGCAGAGAUGAUGACACAGCGUUAGCAGUUUUCGUUUUAGUUGGAGAGGAGAGGACUGACCGAAAAGAUGGAAAGACGACAUACGUAGUUUAUAAAGUUGCUGAUGCACUAAAAAAUAAUUGCACACAUGACAAGGGCAAAGAAAGUAUGUUUAUGCACAAAAACUUUAACAGUUUGUUCGGCUUCAAGUUCUGGGUCAACUAA